AUGGACAAUUACCAAGGUGAUUUAACUGAUAUAUUUCGUGCUAGUGGUGGAGCAUAUGGUGGCAGUAGCAGCACAGGAACUUCAUCAUCUGAACCUUCUUCUUCAUCAUCAGCACCUCAUCAUAAUGAUCAUUGGCAUCACUUUUCUUCUGAUCCAAUGAAUUUCUCUUCUGUUCUUGAAGACCCCAUAAGAGGAGGCUACUUUGGUGAUCCAUUUUCAACUAUGAGAGAUCCCUUUCUGCAAGAGCUUGAUAUGCCUAUAGCAGCAGGUUCUUCUGCAUACUUCAACACCACAUCAUCAUCAUCAUCAACAACAAUAACAACAACAACUCGUGCUGAAAUCAUCACUACUAGUUCUUCUAGGGGUUUGGAAGAUGCAGCAGCAUCAGCUUCUGGUUUUGGUGCCAAUACUAAUAGUAAUAAUAGCUCUUCUGUUUUUACACACAAGAUUCUUGAAGAUGACAUGAGAAUUAGACCAACUACUGUGCCUUGUAGAAACAUAUUCUCAAGCAUGAUUCAGAUCUCUCCCAAUGCAAAGUUACCCCUCUCCCCGUUUGAUUCGCCGGCGGCGGCGGUGGUAGCAGCUUCUCCGAGGACAAUUAAGCCUUCUUCUGCAAUCUCAUCUCCACGAAAUCCGGGUCUUAAGAGAAGAGUUUGUGUAAAUUGCAGGAAGAACCAGGCCAAAAAAGUGGUGUGUAUUCCUGCACCAGCAGCUGCAAAUAGCAGACAAACAGGAGAGGUAGUUCCUUCAGAUUUGUGGGCUUGGAGAAAAUAUGGUCAGAAACCCAUUAAAGGUUCACCUUAUCCCAGGGGCUAUUAUAGAUGCAGUAGCUCAAAGGGCUGUUCUGCAAGGAAGCAAGUCGAGAGAAGCAGAACAGACCCAAACAUGUUGGUUAUUACUUACACUUCAGAGCACAACCAUCCAUGGCCAACUCAAAGAAAUGCUCUUGCUGGUUCAACACGAUCCCAGCCAUCAAAGACAAGUGGUAGUUCUUCAAAGAAUUCAGAAACCUCUCAUCCUCAAAAGGGAACAACAAAGACAAAGGAAGAGCAGCAAGAGAGUAAUAGUGAUGGCAAUUUGUCCCCAGUUGUUGGUGGGAACUCAGGAAACAGUGUAAAAGAAGAGAUGGAAGAGAUAGAGAAGCAGCUUGUUGAGAAUAUGGAUGAUGGAGAAUUCAGUGAUGGAAUCCCUUACAAGCCAUCUAUGAUGGAGAGUAGUAACCAAUUACAAUCUGAGGAUUUCUUUGCAGAAUUGGGAGAAAUAGAAGCUGACCCAUUAAACCUAUUGUUUACUCAAGGCUUUAAUGCAAAUGAUCAUGAUCAGAGAGAAUCCAAGGCCUUGGAUCCAUUCCAUCUAUUUGAUUGGUCAGAAGAACCUAAUAAUAACAAGAGAAGGUUAUAA